AUGUCUUUAACGCCAGAAUUAAAAGUAUUUCGUCAUAUCUGGGGCAUGGAACUAUUUUCCACAGACUACAAGGAACUUCUACCCGAAUUUCGACGUCUUGGCUAUUCGGGAAUCGAAGCUUCGCUCAAUGACAUCAAACGUUUGUCGAACAAUUUUCAAGAUGAAACUGAUUUCAUUCAGACUCUGGCCGAUAACAAUCUGGAGCUCAUCGGUUUGUGCCGAACAAACUGGCCAGACUUUGAAGAACUGACAGAGUGGCAGGAUUUCUCGGUUGAUCAACAUGUGAAGCACAUGAAACAGCAGCUGGAUGCAAUGAUGAAGUACAAGCCGAUUCAUAUUAAUAUUCAUGCAGGGCAAGACAGUUGGUCAUAUGCAGAACAGGAAGAAUUUUUCAGGCAAACUUUGGCUAUCCAGGCGCAGUAUCCGGUUCCGUCCUCACACGAGACCCACCGAUGUCGAUCACUAUUUCAUCCACAUCUAACUGAACAUUUACUCGCAAAAUUCCCUCAACUCCGUCUAACAGCUGACUAUGCCCACUGGGUCAUUGUCUGUGAACGUUUGCUCACGCAUCCGACCGACUGGGAAAGAAUGAAACGCGUGGCUGAACGCGUUGAUCACGUUCACGCGCGAGUCGGACACACUCAGCAUGCACAAGUCAGCGAUCCUCAGUUAAAGCAAUGGGAACGGGAGGCGAGUGUUAUGCAGC